AUGGAGAGUGCGGCAAAGCUGAUUAGAAGAGCAUACGCAGAUAUAGACCCAGACAUAGCAGAGUUGCUGAAGGAAGAUGAGGAUGCCAUCAUAGACAUUCAUGUAUCCUUUGAUGGCACUUGGCACAACUUCCAACUAUGGGAUAGGUGUGGGCAUUGGUGAUGGUACCAGCGAGCCAUAGAAAUGGUGAAGAUCCACCCAGUCAAAAAACCAUGGAGGCCAUAUAUUUUUUAAUAGAGAGGUUGCACAGAAAAUGGUACAUGUAUAUCAUAGGAUUUCAAAAGAUAACCUCCUCAAAAGAAUGUAGCACGGAGGAACCCAGAAUGCAAAUUAAUGUCUGAACUCUGUAAUAAGGUCGCAAUGCCCUAAAACUGUCUUUGUGGGUAAAAGCUGCAUUGACGCAGCAGCCAGUAUGGCAGUAGCCACGUUCAAUGAGGGAGCCACUGCUACAGUGGGGAAAAAAAGUAUUUAGUCAGAAACCAAUUGUGCAAGUUCUCCCACUUAAAAAGAUGAGAGGCCUGUAAUUUUCAUCAUAGGUACACGUCAACUAUGACAGACAAAUUGAGAAAAAAAAUUCCAGAAAAUCACAUUGUAGGAUUUUUAAUGAAUUUAUUUGCAAAUUAUGGUGGAAAAUAAGUAUUUGGUCACCUACAAACAAGCAAGAUUUCUGGCUCUCACAGACCUGUAACUUCUUCUUUAAGAGGCUCCUCUGUCCUCCACUCGUUACCUGUAUUAAUGGCACUUGUUUGAACUUGUUAUCAGUAUAAAAGACACCUGUCCACAACCUCAAACAGUCACACUCCAAACUCCACUAUGGUCAAGACCAAAGAGCUGUCAAAGGACACCAGAAACAAAAUUGUAGACCUGCACCAGGCUGGGAAGACUGAAUCUGCAAUAGGUAAGCAGCUUGGUUUGAAGAAAUCAACUGUGGGAGCAAUUAUUAGGAAAUGGAAGACAUACAAGACCACUGAUAAUCUCCCUCGAUCUGGGGCUCCACGCAAGAUCUCACCCCGUGGGGUCAAAUUGAUCACAAGAACGGUGAGCAAAAAUCCCAGAACCACACGGGGGGACCUAGUGAAUGACCUGCAGAGAGCUGGGACCAAAGUAACAAAGCCUACCAUCAGUAACACACUACGCCGCCAGGGACUCAAAUCCUGCAGUGCAAGACGUGUCCCCCUGCUUAAGCCAGUACAUGUCCAGGCCCGUCUGAAGUUUGCUAGAGUGCAUUUGGAUGAUCCAGAAGAGGAUUGGGAGAAUGUCAUAUGGUCAGAUGAAACCAAAAUAUAACUUUUUGGUAAAAACUCAACUCGUCGUGUUUGGAGGACAAAGAAUGCUGAGUUGCAUCCAAUGAACACCAUACCUACUGUGAAGCAUGGGGGUGGAAACAUCAUGCUUUGGGGCUGUUUUUCUGCAAAGGGACCAGGACGACUGAUCCGUGUAAAGGAAAGAAUGAAUGGGGCCAUGUAUCGUGAGAUUUUGAGUGAAAACCUCCUUCCAUCAGCAAGGGCAUUGAAGAUGAAACGUGGCUGGGUCUUUCAGCAUGACAAUGAUCCCAAACACACCGCUCGGGCAACGAAGGAGUGGCUUCGUAAGAAGCAUUUCAAGGUCCUGGAGUGGCCUAGCCAGUCUCCAGAUCUCAACCCCAUAGAAAAUCUUUGGAGGGAGUUGAAAGUCCGUGUUGCCCAGCGACAGCCCCAAAACAUCACUGCUCUAGAGGAGAUCUGCAUGGAGGAAUGGGCCAAAAUACCAGCAACAGUGUGUGAAAACCUUGUGAAGACUUACAGAAAAUGUUUGACCUGUGUCAUUGCCAACAAAGGGUAUAUAACAAAGUAUUGAGAAACUUUUGUUAUUGACCAAAUACUUAUUUUCCACCAUAAUUUGCAAAUAAAUUCAUUAAAAAUCCUAUAAUGUGAUUUUCUGGAUUAUUUUUUCUCAUUUUGUCUUUCAUAGUUGACGUGUACCUAUGAUGAAAAUUACAGGCCUCUCUCAUCUUUUUAAGUGGGAGAACUUGCACAAUUGGUGGCUGACUAAAUACUUUUUUUGCCCCACUGUAUAUCAAAUGUGAUGGACAAAUUGUGGCCUGACAGCACUUUGGUGACACUGGAAGCAAUCAGAGAGGAGUUGUUAGAGCUGAUGCUGCUUCAAUGGAGUGUGACAAGCGUAGGCGCAGGUCCCAUGGCACAGUCAAGAAAGUAAAGCGGCACCAGCAACUCAAAGAGAGCCUUACAUAUGGGGCAGGCAUAGCUGAUUAAUGUUCUGCACAUUUCAACAGCCAUACAAAAUCCUUGUAUGUGACAAAUUGAGCAAAGUGAAAUUAGAAUUUGCCCAAAACUGCAUAUUUGCCCAACAGACCAGUAUUCAAAAAUACAUUCUGCCAUGAAGCAAUGCAUUGAAAAACGGAUUCCUGUGAUAUGCAAAUUAGUGCAUAUUUAAGGAGGUUUUGCCUCACUUGCAUAUUUUAAAAAUAAAUACAACUUGUAAUACAAUAAUAUAAUGCAUUUAUGUAUACUUUCAACUGGUAAAGUUUCAGUCUGAUGAGAGUAAAGGGAAAUAAAUCCCUAUUAGCCUGUGGUGCCUGGCCUUAAUAAAGUUUUGUCUAGAGAAGGUUAAUUUAGUUACCAUGGAAACUUAUUUUGACACUGAAGCACAUGGCUGCAGCGGACAGUUGUUCCAGAUGGGAUGUCCAGAAGUUGAAGAAAAAUCUAGGGAAAUAUUGCUUGUGUAGAGAAUAUUUUUUUGUCAGUGAUUUCCAAACAGGCUAUAAUUUCUUUAAUUUGUGGUAGAAUUUUAGGUGUAAACUAUAUGCUAGCUGUAAUACUAGCCAAAGCAUGCUAAGCAGUCUGUCAAUUUUCUCCAAAAACUGUAGAAGCAUCAUUUCCAUCAGUCAUUUCCAUCACAAACUUAACUGUGGUGGAAAUGACAGAACGUGGUGGAAAUGACAAAAAUCCCCUAUGUUAUUACUUUUUACUUUAUAAAAAAAAAAACUUUUGGCUUAUUUAAUCAUGUUUUAAAUUAAUUUAAUCUAGAAAAUGCUCCAAGGUGAGCACAAAUUGAAAACCUAAGUAGUUUUUAGAAUAUGCCACAUAAAACAGCACAGAGGUCACAGACAUAGAAACAAAACAAAAAUUGAUCCUAUACGAUACCAGGAACAUCUGCAAAAAGACAGGGAGAGAUACUGGAAGAAAAAAGAGAAGGGUUAGUGAAAUCUAUCUCUGCGCUUACAAAGCAAGAAGAAAGAAGCAAGAGAAGACAAUGGAAAUGCAACCAAUGGAAUAGAAGACAGACUUUAAAGAGAACAGUUGCAAUGGAGACCUACCUAUCAGGCAACACACCACCUUAGUCACCAGAUGACUUGCAGCCAGAACAUGAGGCCAACAUACCUGCCCCUAAUUUACCUGCCCCUGAUGCACGCCUUGAUACCCCUUCCUCAUCGUCUGCAACAGGAAUGAGAAGUCGAAUACUUGCUGGAAGGAAAAAGGUUGGAAGAGGUCGCUCAAAAACAUGCAGAGAUCUUUGCAUGACAAAUGUCAAACUUGAUAAAGCUUUACGGAAAACUGAGAAAUACAAAAAAAGUUUUGAUCAACUGAUGAAGAAAAUGGAGAGACAAGAUUCCCCAAAGACAAAGACAAAACAGCAAAUGAAGGGAACUCCGAAGAAAUUGAGAAGGAUUUUAAAGUUUCAAAAUGCCAUCAUUGCGGAGUUAAAGCAAAAGUAUCAACAAAUGCGCAGUGCCAAGGACAAACAAGUGGCUUCAAAAAUGCUCAGAGGCAACAUCCUGAGAAAGUAUGGCCUGGUCAAAGCCGCAAACAGAAAUUUGGAUUUUCAGCAAAAGCAAUGAGGGCAAAUGAAAACAGGCCAACAAGUCUUCAAUACUCCUGGACAAUUCAGUGUAACAGAAUUAGCACAGCCACAGAAGAGAAAAUCACUAGAUUCUAUGAACGUGAUGUCGACAGUAGAGCAACAACAGGGAAAAGGGACUCACUAACAAGGGACAAGAAAAAAAAACCUUAUUGAGUAUUUGUACUGUGAGAACCUGAAGAAAGAGUGCAUGUCAAAGAACCAUUAGUAACACACUACGCCGUCAUGGAUUAAAAUCCUGCAGCGCACGCAAGGUCCCCCUGCUCAAGCCAGCGCAUGUCCAGGCCCGUCUGAAGUUUGCCAAUGACCAUCUGGAUGAUCCAGAGGAGGAAUGGGAGAAGGUCAUGUGGUCUGAUGAGACAAAAAUAGAGCGUUUUGGUCUAAACUCCACUCGCCGUGUUUGGAGGAAGAAGAAGGAUGAGUACAACCCCAAGAACACCAUCCCAACCGUGAAGCAUGGAGGUGGAAACAUCAUUCUUUGGGGAUGCUUUUCUGCAAAGGGGACAGGACGACUGCACCGUAUUGAGGGGAGGAUGGAUGGGGCCAUGUAUUGCGAGAUCUUGGCCAACAACCUCCUUCCCUCAGUAAGAGCAUUGAAGAUGGGUCGUGGCUGGGUCUUCCAGCAUGACAACAACCCGAAACACACAGCCAGGGCAACUAAGGAGUGGCUCCGUAAGAAGCAUCUCAAGGUCCUGGAGUGGCCUAGCCAAUCUCCAGACCUGAACCCAAUUGAAAAUCUUUGGAGGGGGCUGAAAGUCCGUAUUGCCCAGCGACAGCCCCGAAACCUGAAGGAUCUGGAGAAGGUCUGUAUGGAGGAGUGGGCCAAAAUCCCUGCUGCAGUGUGUGCAAACCUGGUCAAGACCUACAGGAAACGUAUGAUCUCUGUAAUUGCAAACAAAGGUUUCUGUACCAAAUAUUAAGUUCUGCUUUUCUGAUGUAUCAAAUACUUAUGUCAUGCAAUAAAAUGCAAAUUAAUUACUUAAAAAUCAUACAAUGUGAUUUUCUGGAUUUUUGUUUUAGAUUCCGUCUCUCACAGUUGAAGUGUACCUAUGAUAAAAAUUACAGACCUCUACAUGCUUUGUAAGUAGGAAAACCUGCAAAAUCGGCAGUGUAUCAAAUACUUGUUCUCCCCACUUUAUAUGUAUUUAUAGACUGGGUGGUUCGAGCCCUGAAUGCUGAUUGGCUGACAGCCGUGGUAUAUCAGACCAUAUACCACGGGUAUGACAAAACAUUUAUUUUUACUGCUCUAAUUACGUUGGUAACCAGUUUAUAAUAGCAAUAAGGCACCUCGGGGGUUUGUGGUAUAAGGGCGUUGCGUUGUGCCUAAGAACAGCCCCUAGCCGUGGUACACUGCUCAAAAAAAUGAAGGGAACACUUAAACAACACUGUAACUCCAAGUCAAUCACACUUCUGUGAAAUCAAACUGUCCACUUAGGAAGCAACACUGAUUGACAAUACAUUUCACAUGCUGUUGUGCAAAUGGAAUAGACAACAGGUGGAAAUUAUAGGCAAUUAGCAAGACACCCCCAAUAAAGGACUGGUUUUGCAGAUGGUGACCACAGACCACUUCUCAGUUCCUAUGCUUCCUGGCUGAUGUUUUGGUCACUUUUGAAUGCUGGCGGUGCUUUCACUCUAGUGGUAGCAUGAGACGGAGUCUACAACCCACACAAGUGGCUCAGGUAGUGCAGCUCAUCCAAGAUGGCACAUCAAUGCGAGCUGUGGCAAGAAGGUUUGCUGUGUCUGUCAGCGUAGUGUCCAGAGCAUGGAGGCGCUACCAGGAGACAGGCCAGUACAUCAGGAGACGUGGAGGAGGCCGUAGGAGGGCAACAACCCAGCAGCAGGACUGCUACCUCCGCCUUUGUGCAAGGAGGAGCAGGAGGAGCACUGCCAGAGCCCUGCAAAAUGACCUCCAGCAGGCCACAAAUGUGCAUGUGUCUGCUCAAACGGUCAGAAACAGACUCCAUGAGGGUGGUAUAAGGGCCCGACGUCCACAGGUGCAGGACGUUUGGCAUUUGCCAGAGAACACCAAGAUUGGCAAAUUCGCCACUGGCGCCCUGUGCUCUUCACAGAUGAAAGCAGGUUCACACUGAGCACAUGUGACAGACGUGACAGAGUCUGGAGACGCCGUGGAGAACGUUCUGCUGCCUGCAACAUCCUCCAGCAUGACCGGUUUGGCGGUGGGUCAGUCAUGGUGUGGGGUGGCAUUUCUUUGGGGGGCCGCACAGCCCUCCAUGUGCUCGCCAGAGGUAGCCUGACUGCCAUUAGGUACCGAGAUGAGAUCCUCAGACCCCUUGUGAGACCAUAUGCUGGUGCGGUUGGCCCUGGGUUCCUCCUAAUGCAAGACAAUACUAGACCUCAUGUGACUGGAGUGUGUCAGCAGUUCCUGCAAGAGGAAGGCAUUGAUGCUAUGGACUGGCCUGCCCGUUCCCCAGACCUGAAUCCAAUUGAGCACAUCUGGGACAUCAUGUCUCGCUCCAUCCACCAACGCCACGUUGCACCACAGACUGUCCAGGAGUUGGUGGAUGCUUUAGUCCAGGUCUGGGAGGAGAUCCCUCAGGAGACCAUCCGCCACCUCAUCAGGAGCAUGCCCAGGCGUUGUAGGGAGGUCAUACAGGCACGUGGAGGCCACACACACUACUGAGCCUCAUUUUGACUUGUUUUAAGGACAUUACAUCAAAGUUGGAUCAGCCUGUAGUGUGGUUUUCCACUUUAAUUUUGAGGGUGACUCCAAAUCCAGACCUCCAUGGGUUGAUAAAUUAGAUUUCCAUUGAUAAUUUUUGUGUGAUUUUGUUGUCAGCACAUUCAACUAUGUAAAGAAAAAAGUAUUUAAUAAGAUUAUUUCAUUCAUUCAGAUCUAGGAUGUGUUAUUUUAGUGUUCCCUUGAUUUUUUUGAGCAGUGUAUAUUGGCCAUAUACCACACCCCCUCAUGCUUUAUUGCUGAAAUAUAUAACAUAUAACAUGUAAAUAAUAAUAUUAAGUGUUCAAUAAAUUGUAUUCUUGGAGUGCCUUUGUUAGAACUAUGAAACAGAAAGCAUCGGUGUUGGAGCCUGGUAUGGUCCCGUGUGGCUCAGUAGGUAGAGCAUGGCACUUGCAACGCCAGGUUUUGGGUUCGAUUCCCACAGGGGACCAGUACGAACAAAUAUGAAAAUGUAUGCACUCACUACUGUAAGUCGCUCUGGAUAAGAGUGUCUGCUAAAUGACGUAAAUGUAAAAUGCACAAGCUUAUUUUUAUAACGACAAAAUAAAAAUACAUACCCCAACCACCAAGACGCACAGUCAGCCAGAUGCAUGGUCAAAUGACAAAAACAUCAGUAGCCUGAACAUCAUUGCAAGCGCCAAGUGUGCUUGAUAAUAGUGACAAUCAUCACAUAAGCAAUAAUGUCAUUAUGAAUAUGUGUUGAUAUGACAGCAGUCAAAAAGUAAAUGAUUAAUGUCCAUGUCACAUAGCCUAAACCAGUGGUUCCCAACCAGGGGUACUAGGGCCCCUGGGGGUACUUGGCCAAUCCACGGGGGGUACUUGAGAAUACUCAUGAGGCCAUAGGCCUACUGGUAAAAUGCACACGAGGGGGUACUUCAGGGGUACUCCGGCAAGGGCGAUAUUCAGUUGUUGGUACAGUAACCAAAAAAGGUUGGGAACCACUGGCCUAAACAACGAAAGCUGUUGAGUGCGUUGCUGAUUUUAUUUCUUGCUUGAUAUGUAGGGCCUGCUCCCUCAGUGAUUACAUUUUGUGUUGAUAAUAAAUAGCCUGUAGAAUUCUCACCGGCUUGUUCUAUUCCAAAUGGUGCCAUUCUCUCCUGUCUCACCAUUUCAUUUGGUGGUGGCAUGGGCAUCUGCUCAGUGCGCACAGUUCUGGCUUUUUUGCACUUCGGCCUCAGCGGUGUAGGUUCAAGGUUGAGGCUCAGAAUCAGAACCAGAAGAAUGCUCAUCAUCCUCCAACCAUCGGAGUAGCAACGCUAACGAGUGCAUCCAUUCGUCUUGGUCUUCUUGCCAUUGUAUUUUACGCACACUCUCACUGUGUAGGCCAGAGUAGACUGAUAGAGUACAUAGCAUUUUGAGAUUAGAAUAGAUCAAUACAAUAGAAUGGCCUGCCCUGUUCUUCAUUCACAAUUUGUGAUUACAUAAUUAUGCAUCGUUCGCUUCCCCUCGCUCAUCCAUUCUCCACCAUCAUACUUUAGCCUACUUCAUUUAUUUCAUCUCUUAUUAUAGACCUAUGUGUGAAAUUAGUUUCGAUAUAGUUUAGGUUCACUUUCAACUUGGCAUGGCAUCUUCAGCUAUCCAGAGGAGGGGAGCAGGCCCUACUGUUGAGAGACGGGAGGGGCAACGGGAAAAACCAUAUAAAAAAUGACAUGCCCUCCUAAACUAUCUAUCAGUUCUGUUUGUGAUAUUAAGAUUCUAACAACAACAGUGUGUAUGAUUGACUUAUUUAGGAAAAGUCAAGGAUGGAGGGGUUUUGACUUUAAAAAUGGCAGAGUAAUAUAUAUCUAAAUGACUGCUUUAGUUUGGGUUUUAUAGUAAUGACAUGUAAUUUAACUGUACAAAUUUAUUAGCCUACCUUUUAAUGUGGCAUGAACACAACCAGUCAUGAUGUUUUCAUCUGAUUGUAAAACUAAUCACUUCAAAAAGUAGGUUAUCUUCGCACGUUUGUCCAAAAUAGCAUCAGAUCGACUGAAACAGUGCCCUGUCUUAAAAAUAUGUAGCCCCAUGUAUCUGAUGUGGUCUGGUAAAAAAGAGAAUGUCAUGCUAUACUCUUUUAUUCCAGACAGCAUCAGAUACAUGGGCUACACAUAAUGAGACAGAGAGGCGCUGUUCCGCUUGCCUGGAUGCUUUAUCUGACAAUGAUGGGUCUUUGUCGGCGAGCGUCUUGGUCAAAUAAAUUAUCAAUAUUUUAUUUGGAUGGGCCAGGAGGUACGUUAGGGCGGGCUAACGCCGGCCCUGGUAUAUAUUGGGCUAGCCAGCCAGCUAGCCUGUGAAAUACUGUAUAUUCAAACACCUUUCCUUCAAUGAUGUCUAGUAUGUCGCUCUAUGCUUUCCUAUACACGCAGGUAGACCUGUAGCUAGCUGUCUUCUCGCUCUGUGUUCUUCUGUCUAGAAAGGCAUCUAAAUAAAAUGUAUGUGAAGGAACAGCUGAUACAAGCCAGCAAUGAUCUCUCUCUUGGCAAAUACAGUUUCCAGGGGCAGAAUCCUUCAUGUAGGUUCAGGAGCACCUCAGCAACAGAGAGGGCAUUGCAGUACCAGGCAGGACAGAAGAUCCAUGGCUUCACAGUUAAGGAGGUAAACUGUCCAAGUCAUCACAUUAUCCACAACAGUGUUUCUCAAUUCUGGUCCUGGGGACCCAAAGGGGUGCAAAUGUUUUGCCCUAGCACUAAAACACCUGAUUCCACUCAUCAAACGCUUGAUGAUGAAUUGAUUGAUUAGUUGUUAGUGCUGGACUAAACUAAAAUGUGAAUCCCUUUGGGUCCCUAGAAUUGGAAAACACUGACCCACAACAAGAAGAACAUCCUGAUUCUGAUCAAUUCACAUAUACUUCUAGUUAAGGUUUAGUGUAAAGUCCGGAUAAAUGUGAUAUUAUCUUCCUGUUUUUCUGCAGGUGGUUGCUGUUCCUGACCUGUUUCUUACAGCUGUCAAGCUGACCCAUGACAACACAGGUGCCCAGUAUUUACACGCAGCUAGAGAUGACAAAAACAAUCUCUUUAGGUAAUAAUCCCACAUUUGUGGAAGUAUGCUUUAUUUGGAUAAGGUUUUAAGUUAAAAUGUAACCUCGUCCCCAGGCUCAAUUGCUACCCUGACAGAGAUAAAGAGCCAGCUGGUUGAAGAGAUUAGAUCAAAUGAAAUGUACUAGUUUACUAACAAAAUACUUAUUCUAAGCCAGUGCUUUUUCUAAUGACGGUGUUUCCAUCUCUUGUCGUAACACCUCUGCAGUGUUCAGCUCAGGACGACCCCAAUGGACAACACAGGGGUCCCACACAUCCUGGAACACACAGUGUUGUGUGGUUCAGAGAAGUACCCCUGCAGAGACCCCUUCUUCAAGAUGCUCAACAGAUCACUCUCCACAUUCAUGAACGCAUUCACAGGUACUGUGUGUGUGUGUGUGCACGUGUGUGUGCACGCACGCAAGGUGUCUGAAAUGUCAUUGUUUUUUAUUCACAGCUAGUGAUUUCACCAUGUAUCCAUUCUCCACACAAAACGGGAAAGACUUCCAGAAUCUCCUCUCCGUGUAUCUGGAUGCAGUGUUUUUCCCUUGUCUACGAGAACUUGACUUUUGGUAAGUGUGGUGUUUAAAUAGAUGCCUCUUUAAUCAAAAUCAGUGACAUCCGAAGUCUGCCUUCAUAUCCUUGUCCUCAAUGUGUUUCGUUAAAGGCAGGAGGGAUGGAGACUGGAGAAUGAAAACCCUACAGAUCCUACUUCCCCUUUGGUCUUUAAAGGAGUUGUCUUCAAUGAAAUGAAGGGCGCUUUUGUGAGUUACUUCUUUCCAAACGAUUUAUUUAGAGAUUUGUUAUUAGAUUUAUUGCGAUUAAUUUGUGAGAAUUAGGCUAUGUUAAUUACAGAAUAAUUUGGUCAGGAGAUAGACAAAUAGAAGUCAUAUUGGAAUCUUACAUGUCCUCUCUGUAUGUGAUUUCAGUCAGACAACGAGAGGGUAUAUGCCCAGCACUUGCAGAACAAGCUGUAUCCUGACCACACAUACGGUGUGGUGUCUGGAGGGGAACCCCUGGCCAUCCCUGACCUCUCCUGGGAACAACUGAAGCACUUCCACGCUACACACUACCACCCCAGCAAUGCAAGGUACAGUACACUGUGACAUACACACUACACCACCACGCUUCUACACUAGCUACUGCUCCACUCUAUUAACACACUGUAAAGUACAUUGUGAUACACUAUGACCUGUACAGUACACUGUCACACAUUACCACUUAGCAAUGCACAGCACAACACACUGUCACACACCCCAAUAUUAUAUACUCGGUACAGUAGCACUGUGUCUUGUCACACAACUCUGUUGGGCCUUGGCAGUAACAUGGUUUCCCCUUUUCUGCUCCUCAGGUUCUUCACCUACGGGGAUCUGCCCCUGGAGCAGCACCUGAAACAGAUCCAGGAGGAGGCUCUGUCCAAGUUUGAGCGCAGUGAGCCGGACACUGCUGUCCCUAAACAACCCCACUGGGACAGGCCUGUGCGUCUGCCCAUUCAGUAUCACUGUAGCUCAUUCAGUUCCAGCUGUCAGAUAUUAGUUUAUUCAUUAUCAGCUCCCAGAUAUUACAAAUCUAUGCGCUCAACUUCAGCAACUUGGGCAAGGUCUAUGGUUUGGAAGUUUGAAUUAAUUUCACAGUAAUGCUUAUUUGAAUGAUCUUGAUGAUAAGGUCCUGUUUGAUUAUGUUUUAAUGUCUGUUUUUUUAUGUGUGAAGCCAAAGACAUUUCCACAUUGUGCGGACAAUAGUGUGUAAUUCUAAUGGAUUUGUCCACAGAGAGAGGACCAUGUGACGUGCAGUCCCGAUGCUAUGGCUCCUGAUGCAGCCAAACAGAACACGCUGUGUAUGAGCUACCUGCUAGGAGAGUACGUAAUACUGAGCUACUGCAACACUAUCAGUUGUUUCUCUAAAAUUGUGUCUGGGAUAGUAUACAUUGGUUAAUUUUAAAGUGACUUUAUCCUCAAUUGUUGCAUGUCUUGAUUUACAUAUGCAUUUUGGUCAUUUAGCAGACACUCAUCCAGAGCGACUUAAAAUCAGUAAGUGAUGCAGUAGUGGUCUCAUUCAGGUGUUUUUCUCUCUACAGCAUCACAGAUACGUUUGAGGGCUUCACCCUGAGCCUGCUGUCCUCUCUGAUGAUCUCUGGACCCAACUCUCCCUUCUACAAGACCCUCAUAGAACCCAAGAUAGGAACAGACUUCUCCUCUGUCGUAGGGUGGGUAAACCUCUUUGGAGACGGAUUAACAUUGAUCAAUUAACAUUGAUAAAACACUUUAAAAAUACAUAAAGUCCCAGAAUACAGGCACUUUAUCUCAAUGAAGUUAAAGCACUUGUGAGGAGAACAUUGGCAGAGCAGGCAGAGCUCUUUGAAAUGUUGAUAUAUACUGAACAGUAAAAUGCUUCAUUUACCAGUAUCUAUUCUUUUCCAGAUAUGAUGGGAGCACCAAAGAGGCAUCAUUCAGCAUUGGCUUGCAAGGAAUGGCUGAAGAAGACACAGAGAAAGUCAAGCAAAUCAUUGUCCAAACCAUUGAUGAGAUCAUUGCGUAAGUAUACUGCUGAUGUGUUAUGUACAGUAACACUAUCAUCACAAUAAUGUCAUCUAACUGUAUUUCUCUCCUAAUGAUGCAGUAAUGGAUUUGAGGAGGAGAGGAUAGAGGCCCUGCUUCAUAAGAUUGAAAUCCAGAUGAAACAUCAGUCUACCAGCUUCGGCCUGUCUCUGGCCUCAGUGAGUACAAGGCCACACUUUGUCCGGUGUCUCCACUGUGAUGUUUGAACCAUGAAAAUGUUCUUGUUUUCUAUACACGCACACAGACACACACUAAACAGAGAUUAAAUGUGAAGGGAAUUGAAUUGUAUAUAAAGACAGAUUGAAGAAGGGUAGCUCAGUUGGUAGAGCAUGGCGCUUGCAACGCCAAGGUUAUGGGUACGAUUCCCACGGGGGGCCAGUAUGAAAAUGUAUGCACUCACUAACUGUAAGUCGCUCUGGAUAAGAGCGUCUGCUAAAUGACGUAAAUGUAAAAAAGAAUGUGAACAUACCAUAGUGAUUGUCCUGGGAGCAGUAGCUCCUGUAUACAGUAUGACCAUAUUUCCCCUCUGGUAAGUUUACUAUUAUUUGUCAGUACCUCUCUAACUAUACUGAAGAAAAAUAUAAACGCAACAUGUAAAGGGUUGGUCCCAUGUUUCAUGAGCUGAAAUAAAACAUCCCAGAAAUGUUCUAUACACACAAAAAGCGUAUUUCUCUCAAAUGUUGUGCACAAAUGUGUAUAAAUCCCUGUUAGUGAGCAUUUCUCCCUUGCCAAGACAGUCCAUCCACCUGACAGGGGUGGCAUGUCAAGAAGCUGAUUAACAGCAUGAUCAUUACACAGGUGCACCUUGUGCUGGGGACAAUAAAAGGCCACUCUAAAAUGUGCAGUUUUGUCAAACAACACAAUGCCACAGAUGUCUCAAGUUUUGAGGGAGUGUGCAAUUGGCAUGCUGACUGCAGGAAUGUCCACUAGAGCUGUUGCCAGAGAAUGUAAUGUUAAUUUCUCAGUAUGGCAGUAUGUCCAACCGGCCUCACAACAGCAGACCAUGUGUAACCACACCAGCCCAGGACCUCCACAUCUGGCUGCUUCACCUACAGGAUUGUCUGAGACCAGCCACCCAGAUAGCUGAUGAAACUGUCUGCAAUAAAGCCCUUUUGCAGGGAAAAACUCAUUCUGAUUGGCUGGGCCUGGCUCCCUAGUGGGUGGGCUGCGCCCCUGCCCAGUCAUGUGAAAUCCAUAGAUUAGGAUCUAAGGAAUUUAUUUCAAUUGACUGAUUUCCUUAUAUGAACUGUAACUAAGUAAAAUUGUUGAAAUUCUUGCAUGUUGCGUUUAUAUUUUUGUUCAGUAUAUUUUGGGUGUGUGUCGUCAACUCAUGCUUUUUACUUGUCUCUGCAGCACAUACAGUAGCUUCCUGCAGGAACCCAAUGGACACACACACACCUAGGUGCAGCUCAUGUAUACAGUAUGACCUUGUUUUUUUACUCUGUGUGUUGUCUCUCUGCUAACAGUACAUAGCUUCCUGUUGGAACCAUGAUGGAGACCCGGUCCAGCUGCUGAAGAUCAGCGAAAGUGUGGCCCAGUUCAGACAAGCCCUGAAGGACAACCCUCACUUCCUCCAGGAGAAAGUCCUACACUACUUCAAGGUGAGAGACCAGACAGGAGAAAUAAGUUGAGUUUUCUUUCAGUAUACAUCGCAUCUAAAUCUGAAUAGCGUAUGUAACAGGAAAUUCAGGAAAACAAAUCAAUAAAAUGUAAUGUGAUAUAGCAGUCUAAUCAAGAAAGUUGAAGUCAUCAUGCAGGGGUCAUAGACCAGGGAGUUGUUGAAAGAAGAAAAUUACAUCAGUUUAAUCAUGUCACUGAGUAGGAGACAGUUCAGUGUUACGGUAAUGUCAUGGUAAUGUCAUGUCACAUUAGCGUCUUGUUUGUGCCCAUGCAGGACAACACUCACAGGCUGACACUGUCAAUGAGUCCAGAUGAGGCAUACCUGGAGAAACAGGUCAAAGCAGAGAAGGAGAAACUCCAGAAGAAGGUACAGGCUCUGUCUGAUAGUGACAAGAAAGACAUCUAUGAAAAAGGUAAGUUAUACGCCUACACCUAUAGAUGGGUUGCCUGACAAUGUCACGAAAAAGAUGCGUGCGCAUUGAUGGGGCAGAAGGCAGUGUGUUGUUAUGAUUCUGAACGGUCAGAUAGCUAGCAACAAUGACAAGAAGCUGCCAUGUGGAGAAUCGUAGAUGGCUUGUUUCAGCUAGUUGUAUCUUGUUCUUGGUACUACACUACAUUACCAAAAGUAUGUGGACGCCUGCUUGUCGAACAUCUCAUUCCAAAAUCAUGGGCAUUAAAAUGGAGUUGGUCAGUCAUCCCUUUGCUGUUAUAACAGCCUCCACUCUUCCACUAGAUGUUGGAACAUUGCUGCGGGGACUUGCUUCCAUUCAGCCACGAGCAUUAGUGAGGUUGGACACUGAUGUUGGCCGAUUAUUCCUGGCUCGCAGUCGUCGUUCCAAUUCAUCCCAAAGGUGUUCGAUGGGGUUGAGGUCAGGGCUCUGUGCAGGCCAGUCAAGUUCUUUCAUACCGAUCUCGACAAACCAUUUCAGUGUGGACCUCGCGUUGUGCUCAGGGGCAUUGUCAUGCUGAAACAGGAAAGGGCCUUCCCCAAACUGUUGCCACAAAGUUGGAGGCACAGAAUCGUCUAGAAUGUCAUUGUAUGCUGUAGCGUUAAGAUAUCCCUUAACUGGAACUAAGGGGCCUAGGCUGAACCAUGAAAAACAGCCCCAGACCAUUAUUCCUUUUCCACCAAACUUCACAGGUGGCACUAUGCAUUCGGGCAGGUAGCGUUCUCAUGGCAUCCGCCAAACCCAGAUUAGUCCGUCGUCCUGCCAGAUGGUGAAGCGUGAUUCAUCACUCCAGAGAACGCGUUUCCACUGCUCCAGAGUCCAAUGGUGGCGAGCUUUACACCACUUCAACCGACGCUUGGCAUUGCUCAAGUUGAUCUUAGGCUUGUGUGUGGCUGCUCGGCCAUGGAAACCCAUUUCAUGAAGCACCCAACGAACAGUCGUGCUGACGUUGCUUCCAAAGGCAGUUUGGAACUCGGUAGUGAGUGUUGCAACUGAGGACAGAUGAUUUUUACGCGCUACACGCUUCUGCACUCGGCGGUCCCGUUCUGUGAGCUUGUGUGGCCUACCACUUCGCGGCUGUGCCGUUGUUGCUCCUAGACAUUUUCACUUCACAAUAACACCACUUACAGUUGACCGGGGCAGCUCUAGCAGGGCAGAAAUUUGACGAACUGACUUGUUAGAAAGGUGGCAUCCUAUGACGGUGCCACGUUGAAAGUCACUGAGCUCUUCAGUAAGGACAUUUUACUGCCAAUGUUUGUCUAUGGAGAUUGCAUGGCUCUGUGCUCGAUUUUAUACACCUGUCAGCAACGGGUGUGGCUGAAGUACCCGAAUGCACUAAUUUGAAGGGGUGUCCACAUACCUUUGUAUAUAUAGUGUAUGUCUUGUUUUGAGGUGUUUUGACUGAUGUCAUAUCUAUGCUAAUAGAGCUAAAAUGUGCUAGCUAGCUAACCAAUAACUGUAACAAUGUAUUUGAGAGAUAACAAGUGCUCAUUGUGCAAAUGUGUUUGUUUUCAAUAAACAUUUGGAGACUAAAUAUAAUUCACGUUGUCCCAAAGUUGCGCACACAUCGCUUUUGUUGCUAAACAACCCACCCAUCUAUUGAGGAGAAUAGAGAAACUCAUUCACUUCAUUAUGAAAACAUUAUAAACCAUUCAUGAUCAUAAUGUUUUUGAGUAUUUUUAUACUAAUUUAUAUGGCUUUCUAUUCAGGUCUUGAGCUGUUAUCGGUUCAGAGCAAGAUCCAGGAUGCCUCAUGUCUCCCUGCCCUGAAAGUGUCUGACAUUGAGCCAACGAUAGCAGUCACACCUGUAGAGAUGGGCACUGCAGGUACAGUACUUACUGUAGUAUUGGAUACACGCUGACGCUACACUCUAGUUACUCUAGGUUCCGAGGUUACACUCUAGUACAGUGUUUCCCAUCUCCAGUCCUCCAGUACCCCCAACACUACAUCUCCAGUCCCCCAGUACCGCCAACACUACAUCUCCAGUCCUCCAGUAUCCCCAACAGUACAUCUCCAGUCCUCCAGUAGCCCCAACAGUACAUCUCCAGUCCUCCAGUACCCCCAACACUACAUCUCCAGUCCUCCAGUAUCCCCAACAGUACAUCUCCAGUCCUCCAGUAGCCCCAACAGUACAUCUCCAGUCCUCCAGUACCCCCAACACUACAUCUCCAGUCCCCCAGUACCGCCAACACUACAUCUCCAGUCCUCCAGUAUCCCCAACAGUACAUCUCCAGUCCUCCAGUAGCCCCAACACUACAUCUCCAGUCCUCCAGUAUCCCCAACAGUACAUCUCCAGUCCUCCAGUAUCCCCAACAGUACAUCUCCAGUCCUCCAGUAGCCCCAACAGUACAUCUCCAGUCCUCCAGUACCCCCAACACUACAUCUCCAGUCCUCCAGUAUCCCCAACAGUACAUCUCCAGUCCUCCAGUAGACCCAACAGUACAUCUCCAGUCCUCCAGUACCCCCAACACUACAUCUCCAGUCCCCCAGUACCGCCAACACUACAUCUCCAGUCCUCUAGUAUCCCCAACAGUACAUCUCCAGUCCUCCAGUAGCCCCAACACUACAUCUCCAGUCCUCCAGUAUCCCCAACAGUACAUCUCCAGUCCUCCAGUAGCCCCAACAGUACAUCUCCAGUCCUCCAGUAUCCCCAACAGUACAUCUCCAGUCCUCCAGUAGCCCCAACAGUACAUCUCCAGUCCUCCAGUACCCCCAACACUACAUCUCCAGUCCCCCAGUACCGCCAACACUACAUCUCCAGUCCUCCAGUACCCCCAACACUACAUCUCCUGUCCUCCAGUAGCCCCAACACUACAUCUCCAGUCCUCCAGUAGCCCCUGACAAACUCACCUGAUUCAACUCAUUGAGGGCUUGAUGAUUAGUUAACAAGUUGAAGCGGGUGUACUCGAGGACUGGAGUUGGGAAACACUGCUCUAUAGUAUACCCAGUCUGUCUGUUUUGAUAGACUAAACCUCUAAUUUCAAACAACAUGCAUGGUACUACACAGUUAAUUCAGAAAGUAUUCAGACCCCUUGACAUUUUCCACAUUUUGUUACGUUACAGCCUUAUUCUAAAAUGUAUUAAAUCGUUUUUUGCCCCUCAUCAAUCUACACAGAAUACCACAUAAUGACAAAGCAAAAACAGGUUUUUAGAAAUUUUUGCAAAAAUAAAUAACUAAUAAUACAGAAAUAUCACAUUUACAUAAGUAUUCAGACCCUUUGUUCAGUACUUUGUUGAAGCACCUUUGGCAGCGAUUACAGCCUCGAAUCUUCUUGGGUAUGACGCUACAAGCUUGGCACACCUGUAUUUGGGAGUUUCUCCCAUUCUUCUCUGCAGAUCCUCUCAAGCUCUGUCAGGUUGGAUGGGGAGCGUCGCUGCACAGCUAUUUUCAGGUCUCUCUAGAGAUGUUCAAGUCCUGGGCUCUGGCGGGGCCACUCAAGGACAUUCAGAGACUUCUCCCGAAGCCGCUCCUGCGUUGUCUUGGCAGUGUGCUUAGGGUCGUUUUCCUGUUGGAAGGUGAACCUUCGCCCCAGUCUGAGGUCCUGAGCACUCUGGAGCAGGUUUUCAUCAAGGAUCUCUCUGUUCUUUGGUCCAUUCAUCUUUCCCUCGAUCCUGACUAGUCUCCCAGUACCUGCCGCUGAAAAACAUCCCCACAGCAUGAUGCUGCCACCACUAUGCUUCACCGUAGGGAUGGUGCCAGGUUUCCUCCAGACAUGACGCUUGGCAUUCGGGCCAAAGAGUUCAAUCUUGGUUUCAUCAGACCAGAGAAUCUUGUUUCUCAUGGUCUGAGAGUCCUUUAGGUGCCUUUUGGCAAACUCCAAGCGGGCUGUCAUGUGCCUUUUACUGAGGAGUGGCUUCCGUCUGGCCACUCUACCAUAAAGGCCUGAUUGGUGGAGUGCUUCAGAGAUGGUUGUCCUUCUGGAAGGUUCUCCCAUCUCAUCAGAGGAACUCUGGAGCUCUGUCAGAGUGACCAUCGGGUACUUGGUCACCUCCCUGACCAAGGCCCUUCUUCAUAGAUUGCUCAGUUUGGCCGGGCAUUCAGCUCUAGUAAGAGUCUUGGUGGUUCCAAACUUCUUCCAUUUAAGAAUGAUGGAGGCCACUGUUUUCUUGGGGACCUUCAUAGCUGCUGAAAUUGUUUUGUACCCUUCCCCAGAUCUGUACCUCGACACAAUCCUGUCUCGGAGCUCUACGGACAAUUCUUUCUACCACAUAGCUUGGUUUUUGCGAUGACCUGCAGUCAACUGUGGGACCUUAUAUAGAUAGGUGUGUGCCUUUCCAAAUCAUGUCCAAUCAAUUGAAUUUGCCACAGGUGGACUCAAAUCAAGUUGUAGAAACAUAUCAAGGAUGAUCAAUGGAAACAGGAUGCACCUGAGCUCAAUUUCGAGUCUCAUAGCAAAGGGUCUGAAUACCUAUGUAAAAAGGUAUUUCUGUUUUUUAUUUUGUAUGAAUUUGCAAAAGAUUAUAAAAACCUGUUUUCGCUUUGUCAUUAUGGGGUAUUGUGUGUAGAUUGAUGAGGACAUUUUUGUAUUUAAUCCAUUUUAGAAGAAGGCUGUAAUGUGGAAAAAGUAAAGGGGUCUGAAUACUUUCCAAAUGCACUAUAGAUAUGUUUUGAUGUACAAUUUCCCAGUAUUAUACUGGCAAAUGAACUGGUCCACACAUCAAGACAGAAAUUCUUUAGCUCCUCAGCAUCAUUAGGAUGCUCAGGUAUUUGUCUCAUUGUUUUGUCUCCCUCUGACAUUUGUCCUGUUCUACUCUCUUCACCCCACUAGGAGGCGUCCCGGUGCAGUACUGUGAGCAGCCAACCAAUGGGAUGGUCUACUUCAGGGCUAUGUGUAGUCUCAACACCCUCCCUGAAGACCUCAAACUAUAUGUGCCCCUCUUCUGCAGUGUCAUCACCAAGUGAGUCCAGACCCCAUAUAAUAUGACCAAUCAUUUGUGUAUUGUCCAGAAAGCAUAGCUUGUGUGGUUUGGUUUCAUAAACAUGUGUUGAAGUUAAUGGAGUUAGUUGCAAUUGUGAAGAGUAUUGAGUUUUUGUCUUGAGAAUGUGUGUCCGUCUGGGUUACUGAGGUGAUUGUGAGAAGGCGUGCUGCGUCGGUCCAGGUUGAGCUACCGGUAUGUAGUGAAUGUGAUAAGGUAAUGGGAGUGUGUUAUUUUAGGAUGGGGUGUAAAGUGUGAUUGAUACAGAGUAUGUGUUGGUCCAGAUUGGCUGUGAGAUGAGACAUGCUAAUGGGUGUGUGUUACCAGGAUGGGCUGUGGAGGGCUGGACUACAGGCAGCAGGCCCAGCAGAUGGAGCUGAAGACAGGAGGCAUGUCCAUCUCCACAUCAGUCAACCCUGACUACUCUAACAUGGACAUGUAUGAACAGGUCAGUCCUAGACUGGGCGAUAUAUCGGAUUAAUUCGAAUGUAUGUUUUUGCGUGGUAUUCCAAAUGCCUGUAUCACAAGAAUCAAGGUUUUGUUAUUUUUCGUUUUUAUGAGCGUUUAUGUCCGCUUGUACUCAUGUUGUAUUUUUGGUCUCGUCUCUUUCGCUCCUUCUGUGCUGUGUGCACCUUCCCAUUUACACCAGAGAUCUGUAUAUAAUGACGAGAUGCACGUCUCCGCCCUAACAAUGGGAGACGUUGUCCCAAAGGCGGGAAGGCAGGCAACAAGCUUAGAUCCAAAAUAAGCCCAUAGAAAUGCAUUGGCCUUACUUUGGACAGAUUUUAGCGAGCGUGAAACCUCUCGCUUCGCCUCUUCCUCUAUGGUUUAAACACACACCAAGCCCCUCCCCCUGCCUCUCACGCCAACAAAGUUGAGAGAUCACAUCGUCCUCUCUGACAUACGGUUUCAACUCGCUGUUUCCAUUUGAGGUUUGGUCCAACAGAAUCGGUCAUAUGGACACCAAAACACAUUGAGACAUUAUUUUACUGUAGUAGAGAAGAAGUUAACUUUUCUAGUGAUACCCUUUUUAUGUCUCAACUACUCAAAUUGCGCACAGAGCAGACACUACUAAAACGAGAGUAUCAAUGAACAUUGAUUCUGUAAAAUGAAUGUGCAGUUUGUCGGGUUACCACGUACUGCUAGCAACAUUUUAGCCAAAGACUGUUAUACUAGCAGUCUAGUCUGUGUUUUAUAAAUGUACAAUGAGCAUAAAACACAAUUAUAUGAGGAAUUGGCAACUCAUUCUGAUAAAUAAGGUAGGCCACUUGAUUACAAUAUCUGAACAAAGUGGACAGGCUAACAUGCUUUUCAAACAGUUGGAGACAGACAGAAGGGUGUGUUCAUAACAAUUCAACUGUUGAACAUUGUUAGCUAGCAAAUAGAUCCAAGUUGGCUAAACUUGAAAUACAAAGAUUAGCUGGCUAAUCACUAGCAAGUGGGCUUGAGAGGUUGUUGAUGGUACCUGUGUUAAUUUUCUAUAGCCUUAUGCCUGCUACAAGAGUUUCAUCAUUAUUAGUGAAUGUGCAUUAUGCAUGGUUCUAGUUAUAUUUUAACAAAAAAGGGCAUUUUCAUAGACAGACUUGAAGGCCAGAUCAGUGAUUAUUGCAACAACAAAAAAAGCAGGUUAAACUAUACUGAACAACAAUAUAAACGCAACAUGCAACAAUUUCAAAGAUUUUACUGAGUUAUAGUUCGUAUAAGGAAACAGUCAAUUGAAAUAAAUUCAUUAGGCCCUUAUCUAUGGAUUUCACAUGACUGGGCAGGGGUGCAGCCAUGGGUGGGCCUUGGAGGGCACCCACUGGGGAGCCAGGCCCAGCCAAUCAGAAUGAGUUUUCCCCGCAGGUGAAAAAGCUGGAUGUGGAGGUCCUGGGCUGGCGUGGUUACACGUGGGCUGCAGUUGUGAGGCCGGUUGGACAUACUGCCAAAUUCUCUAAUACGAAAUUGGGGGCAGCCUAUGGUAGAGAAAUGAACAUUAAAUUAUCUGGCAACAGCUCUGGUGGACAUUACUGCAGUCAGCAUGCCAAUUGCAUGCUCCCUUAAAACUUGAGACAUCUGUGGCAUUGUGUUGUGACACAAAACUGCACAUUUUAAAGUGGCCUUUUAUUGUCCCAAGCACAAGGUGCACCUGUGUAAUGAUCAUGCUGUUUAAUCAGCUUCUUGAUAUGCCAUUCCUGUCAGGUGGAUGGAUUAUCUUGGCAAAGGAGAAAUGCUCACUAAAAGGGAUGUAAACAACUUUGUGCACAAAAUUUGAGAGAGAUACACUUUUUGUGCAUAUGGAACAUUUCUGGGAUUUUGUAUUUAAGCUCAUGAAACAUGGGAACAACACAUGUUGCAUUUAUAUUUUUAUUUAGUGUAUUUUGAUAAAAUAAUUAAAUUAUUAGUGGGUUUUAUGUUUGUGGAAGGCUUAUAUUUAGCCUAGGUAUAACUUCACAAGCUCUGAAUUCAUUAGAUUAUUGCUGACUGUUUGAAAUACAGUGUAUUUGACCUUUAAUUGUACAACAACGCUUAUUUAGAGAAAACAAAAAAAAUUGCGAUAUACUGUAUAUCGUGAAUCGCCCAUGAGUUUGAUAAAAUCGAGGUAUGAUUUUUAGGCUAAAUCGCUCAGCCCUAGUCAGUCCCCAGCCAGUCAGUCAGUCACAAUAAAGCCUAAUUUAUACCUUUACGCAAGUAUAACACAAUUAGCUAUAAGAAAGAGCAUUGUUCAUUCACAGUCUGAUUCACAGGGAGUCAUCCUCUCAUCUUCCUGUCUGGAGAGGAAUCUUCCUGAUAUGUUUCACCUGUGGAGUGACAUAUUCAACAGGUAGGCUUGCAUGUCCAUCAGAAUAAUACCAUGGCACAUAACCCAUCUAUGGUCACAUGGUCACUAAUAAACCACAUGUCCAUUGUUUUUUAACGACAAAUUUGGUUGAUAUUAUUUGAGCCCUUCUCCCUCUCUGCUCUGACCCAUGAACCCUUAACUUGACCCACAGCCCGCACUUUGAUGAUGAGGAGCGUCUGCGUGUGCUGGUCAUGAUGUCGGCUCAGGAACUAGCCAAUGGGAUCUCUUACUCUGGUCACAUGUACGCCAUGACGAGGGCGGCUCGCAGCCUGACCCCAACAGGAGAACUACAAGAGACCUUCGGAGGGAUGGAGCAGGUGAGAGAGGGGGGAGUACAAUGAGGCUGAGGGUUUAGCAGCAAAGAAAAAGCUGUAUGAUGAAGGACAAUGGUUAUUGUACCCUCUGAGUGAGAAUAUGAUGCACUUCUGUACACUCAAAUGAAAUAAAUCUCAGUUUUCUUGUGUAUCUUGAAUAUCAGGUCAAGUUCAUGAAAAGGAUUGCAGAGAUGCCAGACCUCACCCAAGUUCUACGGACACUUCCUAGAAUCAAGAGACACAUUCUCAACCCACUGAACAUGAGGUGGGUAUAGUCUUUACACUGACAGCUACUUCAAGAUUUUACUAUAAUUUCUCUAUGUUGACUUGAGGGUAAAGUAGAUUACAACUUCUCGUUGUUCGGACAGAUGUGCGGUCAACGCAACGCCUCAGAAGAUGUCUGAUGCCGCAGGACAGUUGGAUAACUUCAUGUCUAACGUUGCUUCCAAUAAGAAGGAACGCAAACCCGUCCGGUCCGAUAUCAUUGAGGUAUGAAUUUGUCAAACUAUCUUGGUACUGUACUGAGACUGCACUGUAACAAAGUGAAAUAAAUACUUGGGUAUGUCCCAAAUGGCAGCCUAUUCCCUACAUAGUGCACUACUUUUGACCAGAGCCCAUAGGACUCUGGUCAAAAUAAGUGCACUGUGUAGGGAAUAGGGUCCCAUUUGGGACGUAGCCUGAAUCUUGCUGUGAGUUGACAGGUGUUCUUUUAAUCCUAACAGAGACCUCUUGACCCACUGGCAGCUCCUGGAUCUGGCCCAAGUAGAAAACUAAUCGCUGUGCGUACCGCCUACACUUUUAAACUAGGCUCUAUGUAUCAAGCAUAACCGUAGGAAUAGUGAUUGAGGAUCAGUUUAGCCUUUUAGAUCACAAUGAAUAAGAUUACAUGUUGGACAGGGGGGGCCUGAUCCUAGAUCAGCACUCAUACUCUGAGACAAUUGAUCCAUACAGCCUCUGAACAUUAGUUUGCUCUUCCUUUCAUUGUUGUUGAGUAACACUUUUUAAUAAUUGGUUUCUGACCAUUGACCAUAUUCUACCAUUGAGCUAAUGUCAGUGUGUUUGAUCAUCACCCCACAGGAGCCCAACUUCAAGCCCUGCCAGAUGAAGACAUUUUUCCCAAUGCCCUUCCCAAUCAACUUUGUCAGCGAGUGUAUCCGCACAGUGCCCUUCACCCAUGAGGACUAUGCCAGGUGACUGUCUUAAAGGGAUAGUUUGGGAUUUUUAUGUCUCUGCGUUCAGUUUGAAGGAAGUUGCUAACUAGCGUUAGCGCAAAUGUUAGCUGUUCCUGUAGAUCCAUGUUCAUAUUUACUAGGGUUGCAAAAUUCUUCUUACUUUCCCAAAAUCCCCUGAUCUUCCAGAAAUCCAGUUGGGAUAUUGCUGGAAUCAGGAGGGAAUAAGCACAAAAUGUAGGAUAUUUCUAAAAGUUACAAAUGUUGUAACCCCGUAUUUACCCAUGCUCGUCCCCUCUCUCUCCCUCAGCCUGAAUAUCCUGUCCCGGAUGAUGACUGCUAAGUACCUGCACGGAGAGAUCAGAGAAAAGGGUGGGGCCUAUGGUGGAGGGGCCAAGGUGGGAGGAGGACUAUUCACCUUCUAUUCAUACAGGUUUGUAGUGUAUUAAUGUACUGUAAUACAUCAGGAUUCUACUGUAGUUAAACAGGUUUUAACAGUAGUUACACAGAUUAAGACAUGAAAAAGCUGCAGAAAGACAUGUUGCAGAAAAUCUCCAAAACUGGAACUUUUCUAGAAAUUGAAGAAACUGCCAUAUUUUACCAUUGAUGAACAUACAAUCACAAAACUUCACAAGCUAUUUUGAAUACAUUUUCUUGAUCCUAGAGUCAUGAAAUGUUCAGAGUACAUUAAGGGGAGUUACACAUUUUAAUUAAUGUACGGUUUGAAUACAUGUAUUAAAUAACUUCUUGGCAUAUUUCAUUAGCUUUAACCCAUUGUUCCAUGUCCCUGUGUUGAUUUCAGAGACCCUAACUCGGUGCAGACUCUGUCAACGUUCCGCAAGGGUGUGGACUGGGUCAGAUCAGGACAGUUUACCCAGCAGGACAUCGAUGAAGCCAAGCUGUCCGUGUUCUCAGCCGUGGACUCCCCCGUCGCCCCCUCCAAUAAAGGUGAACAGAGGAUGCAUCCCAAAUGGCACCCUAUUCACUAUAUAGUGCUACUUUUGACCAGAGCCCUACAGGCCCUGGUUAAAAGUAGUGCACUAUAUAGGGAAUAGGGUGCCAUUUGGGAUGCGGCCAGGUCCUUCCAUACUCAACAGAAACCCCACAGGAUGACAAAUACCACAGCUGACAAAAGAUGUGCCCUUCCUUAUCUCUCCUAGAGUUGCCUAAAUGCCAGCUCUAAACCUCUUCACCUGACAUUUAACAUGCUGUUCUUUUAUGUCCUGUUAAGUUUUACUGUAGUAACUUGUUAUAAUACAUUUAUAACAUGAGGACAGCACUGGACACAUUUAGUGUCUACAAAGAGAGACAUUUACUUAGAGAGGUUUUCCCUUACCAGCGUCUCACUUUGGCGAGAAACAUGGCUGACUUCUAAAUGACAUGUUAUAAAUGGACCAUGAUAAGAGAUUAAAAAGACCCAAGUGUCAAUCCUUGUCUUGACAUGUGAUAUCACAUCAUCGUGUUGCAGGUAUGGGCCGUUUCCUGAGUGGAAUCACAGAUGAGCUGAAACAGGCCCACAGAGAGAGACUCUUCGCUGUCACAGACAAGAACCUGGUCGAUGUGGCUGGCAGGUAAUGUGUUUUUUUGUUGAAUAUUAUUUCAGGUGUUGUUAAAUCUGUUUUUUUGAGUGCUCCAAUGCCUGUUUAGCAUGAAUUAGUCCUUUUUGGAUUUUUUUUGAGUAUGCCCUAUUAUUGGACUUUGAAUGAAAGUGAAAAUGAGGAGUAUGGCCUUUUAAUACACUGCUCAAAAAAAUAAAGGGAACACUUAAACAACACAAUGUAACUCCAAGUCAAUCACACUUCUGUGAAAUCAAACUGUCCACUUAGGAAGCAACACUGAUUGACAAUACAUUUCACAUGCUGUUGUGCAAAUGGAAUAGACAACAGGUGGAAAUUAUAGGCAAUUAGCAAGACACCCCCAAUAAAGAAGUGGUUCUGCAGGUGGUGACCACAGACCACUUCUCAGUUCCUAUGCUUCCUGGCUGAUGCUUUGGUCACUUUUGAAUGCUGGCGGUGCUUUCACUCUAGUGGUAGCAUGAGACGGAGUCUACAACCCACACAAGUGGCUCAGGUAGUGCAGCUCAUCCAGGAUGGCACAUCAAUGCGAGCUGUGGCAAGAAGGUUUGCUGUGUCUGUCAGCGUAGUGUCCAGAGCAUGGAGGCGCUACUAGGACACAGGCCAGUACAUCAGGAGACGUGGAGGAGGCCGUAGGAGGGCAACAACCCAGCAGCAGGACCGCUACCUCCGCCUUUGUGCAAGAAGGAGCAGGAUGAGCACUGCCAGAGCCCUGCAAAAUGACCUCCAGCAGGCCACAAAUGUGCAUGUGUCUGCUCAAACAGUCAGAAACAGACUCCAUGAGGGUGGUAUGAGGGCCCGACGUCCACAGGUGGGGGUUAUGCUUACAGCCCAACACCAUGCAGGACGUUUGGCAUUUGCCAGAGAACACCAAGAUUGGCAAAUUCGCCACUGGCGCCCUGUGCUCUUCACAGAUGAAAGCAGGUUCACACUGAGCACAUGUGACAGACGUGACAGAGUCUGGAGACGCCGUGGAGAACGUUCUGCUGCCUGCAACAUCCUCCAGCGUGACCGGUUUGGCGGUGGGUCAGUCAUGGUGUGGGGUGGCAUUUCUUUGGGGGGCCGCACAGCCCUCCAUGUGCUCGCCAGAGGUAGCCUGACUGCCAUUAGGUACCGAGAUGAGAUCCUCAGACCCCUUGUGAGACCAUAUGCUGGUGCGGUUGGCCCUGGGUUCCUCCUAAUGCAAGACAAUGCUAGACCUCAUGUGGCUGGAGUGUGUCAGCAGUUCCUGCAAGAGGAAGGCAUUGAUGCUAUGGACUGGCCCGCCCGUUCCCCAGACCUGAAUCCAAUUGAGCACAUCUGGGACAUCAUGUCUCGCUCCAUCCACCAACGCCACGUUGCACCACAGACUGUCCAGGAGUUGGCGGAUGCUUUAGUCCAGGUCUGGGAGGAGAUCCCUCAGGAGACCAUCCGCCACCUCAUCAGGAGCAUGCCCAGGCGUUGUAGGGAGGUCAUACAGGCACGUGGAGGCCACACACACUACUGAGCCUCAUUUUGACUUGUUUUAAGGACAUUACAUCAAAGUUGGAUCAGCCUGUAGUGUGAUUUUCCACUUUAAUUUAGAGGGUGACUCCAAAUCCAGACCUCCAUGGGUUGAUACAUUUGAUUUCCAUUGAUAAUUUUUGUGUGAUUUUGUUGUCAGCACAUUCAACUAUGUAAAGAAAAAAGUAUUUAAUAAGAUUAUUUUAUUCAUUCAGAUCUAGGAUGUGUUGUUUAAGUGUUCCCUUUAUUUUUUUGAGCAGUAUAUUUUGGAUGUAUGUUUUACACAGGUACCUUGGCAUUGGACAGAGGACAUGUGGAGUUGCUAUUCUUGGUCCUGAGAAUGACACCAUCAAGAAAGAUCCUUCAUGGGUGGUAAAAUAACAGGACAUCAUGGAAAAUGAUCCACAUUUAUCUUCUCCAAUUAAGAGACUUCAGAUGCACUGUGAUAAGAUGGUAAACAUCAGUGUUACUUGAUUGUCCUAAAAAACUGGACUGUUGGUACAGUUUUAUAAUAUACAUUUAUUAUUGAAUUAACCAGAAAGUUGCUUUGGUUUUGGAUGUUGUUACGGCUUGGUGUUUUACACAAAGUUGAAUAUUCCAUUGAGGUAUGUGUAUAAAGCUUUUUUGUAGGCAAAUACUGAAUGCGCACACCAGUAAACAGAUAAUCUCGAUAUCAUGUCUAACCUCACCCGAAUACCAUAUUCAUAGUGUAUCAAAUAUGACAACAUACAUUUAAUAUGUUAGUAUUUCUUUGAUAUAGAACCCUACCUCUGGCUUCAGAAUGUGUGCAAGUAUGUACAACGAUGGCUUCUGUUUACUGAAAUAUUGUAUUUCCAUAGUACAUUAAAUGAUCAUGACGUUGUAAUACAAUGUGUUAUUUGUUAUCUAGUCCUGAACUCACACCUUCCAUACUAGACACAAUGCUACAUGCAGGUUUAUCCUGUGAGAUUUCCAUGCCCAUCCUCUGACCUCAAAUGUUGAAUAGUGUUGUGAGGAGAGGUGAUGUGAACAUCACAUUGAGGUUUCACAAUUGUCAUCACAAUAAAUAUUCUUUAAUACUUGGAGAAAACACUUGGAUCACACAGUGAGUUAACAUUAAAAUGGGUUUCACAAACACAUCCUCAACUAAGCCACAAAAUACAGCAGCAGAACUAACAUGACCUACUCUUAGAUGCCAACCCAGGUUUGAUACAAAGUGCAAGUACGGAGUGACAACACAACAUAACACUGGAGUAGACCUACAGUAGGUGGCGGGAUAAACAGUCAGCUCUCCCUUUAGAAGACGGAGAGAGAAAAAGCACCUAUGGGAGUAGACUCGGGUUACUUCCCGGUUCUCCACCCUUUUCCAAAAGUGUGCACUUGCACACUCCCCAUCAUGAAUUUAAAAGGAUUGGUGUAAGCAUUGGCUGGAAACAGUUUCCACCAGUGUAAAAUCCAUACGAGAAAGUGUGCAAGUGCAUCCUUCGGAAGAAGGGUGGACAAUUGAGCCCUAAGUAGCUUCUGAGGGGACGUGAGUAUGGGACGGACUGAAAGUGCUGGUAAGAGUUACCGUGAUAGGAGCUAAGUUACACUGAAUAGAUCAGCUCAGAGCAGACCAGGCCAACUAGCUAUCUGCUGGUCAGUCUAUGCUGGCCAGCGAGGGAAGCUGGUCAAUUCAGUCCACCUUCUUGGGCCUGACCCGGGUCACAUGCUCCAGCUGGCCAGAGUCAGACACGUCAUAGCUGGUCUUGUACUUAGCCAGGAUCUUCAUCAGGGGGCGAAGCUUCAACCACCAUUGUUCCUUAGGGAUCCUGUGGCUGAUAGUGUAGAACAGGACAAAACACACGCACACACAUUUUAGUCAUUUAGCAGACGCUCUUAUCCAGAGCGACUUACAGGAGCAAUUAGGGUUAAGUGCCUUGCUCAAGGGCACAUCGACAGAUUUUUCACCUAGUCAGCUCGGGGAUUAGAACCAGUGACCUUUCGGUUACUGGCACAACGUUCUUAACCACUAAGCUACCUGCCGCCUCAACACAGAGACCAUGAUGACACAAAAUAUACAGUUUGAAGCUUUAGUUAAUGCACUCAAUUUGGCAUGUUACGUUUGAACAGGUGGACAUUGUCAGUUAAAUUGAAGGAAGAAUUGUACUAUGUUUUAACCUUGUGCUACUAUGGUCUACACAAAUGUUGUCUUACACAAAGUCUGUCUCGUCUUUGAGCUGCACCACUGGUUGGAAGACCAUGGCUCUGCGACGCAUCCCCAGCAAACAGGCAGUGUCCUCUGUGUUAGCAAACACCUUCCCUGCACAUGGAGAUAAAAAAAUACAGUCAGCACACACUUAUGUGAGUCCAAAUUACACCCUAUUCCCCUAUGGGCCAUGGUCAAAAGUAAUGCAUUAUAUACAGUUGAAGUCAGAAGUUUACAUACACCUUAGCCAAAUACAUUAAAACUCAGUUUUUCACAAUUCCUGACAUUUAAUCCUGGUAAAAAUUCCCUGUUUUAGGUCAGUUAGGAUCACCACUUUAUUUUAAGAAUGUGAAAUGUCAGAAUAAUAGUAGAGUGAUUUCUUUCAGCUUUUAUUUCUUUCAUCACAUUCCCAGUGGGUCAGAAGUUUACAUACACUCAAUUAGUAUUUGGUAGCAUUGCCUUUAAAUUGUUUAACUUGGGUCAAAUGUUUCGGAUAGCCUUCAACAAGCUUCCCACAAUAAGUUGGGUGAAUUUUGGCCCAUUCCUCCUGACAGAGCUGGUGUAACUGAGUCAGGUUUGUAGGCCUCCUUGCUUGCACAUGCUUUUUCAGUUCUGCCCACAAAUGUUCUAUAGGAUUGAGGUCAGGGCUUUGUGAUGGCCACUCCAAUACCUUGACUUUGUUGUCCUUAAGCCAUUUUGCCACAACUUUGGAAGUAUGCUUGGGGUCAUUGUCCAUUUGGAAGACCCAUUUGCGACCAAGCUUUAACUUCCUAACUGAUGUCUUGAGAUGUUGCUUCAAUAUAUCCACAUCAUUUUCCUUCCUCAUGAUGCCAUCUAUUUUGUAAAGUGCACCAGUCCCUCCUGCAGCAAAGCACCCCCACAGCAUGAUGCUGCCACCCCCGUGCUUCACAGUUGGGAUGGUGUUCUUCGGCUUGCAAGGUACCCCCUUUUUCCUCCAAACAUAACAAUGGUCAUUAUGGCCAAACAGUUCUAUUUUUGUUUCAUCAGACCAGAGGACAUUUCUCCAAAAAGUACCUUUGUCCCCAUGUGCAGUUGCAAACCGUAGUCUGGCUUUUUUAUGGCGGUUUUGGAGCAGUGGCUUCUUCCUUGUUGAGUGGCCUUUCAGGUUAUGUUGAUAUAGGACUCGUUUUACUGUGGAUAUAGAUAUUUUUGUACCUGUUUCCUCCAGCAUCUUCACAAGGUCCUUUGCUGUUGUUCUGGGAUUGAUUUGCACUUUUCACCCCAAAGUACGUUCAUCUCUAGGAGACAGAACGCGUCUCCUUCCUGAGCGGUAUGACGGCUGCGUGGUCCCAAGGUGUUUAUACUUGCAUACUAUUGUUUGUACAGAUGAACGUGGUACCUUCAGGCGUUUGGAAAUUGCUCCCAAGGAUGAACCAGACUUGUGGAGGUCUACAAUUUUCUUUCUGAGGUCUUGGCUGAUUUCUUUUGAUUUUCCCAUGAUGUCAAGCAAAGAGGCACUGAGUUUGAAGGUAGGCCUUGAAAUACAUCCACAGGCACACCUCCAAUUGACUAAAAUGAUGUAAAUUAGCCUAUCAGAAACUUUUAAAGCCAUGACAUCAUUUUCUGGAAUUUUCCAAGCUGUUUAAAGGCACAGUCAAUUUAGUGUAUGUAAACUUCUGACCCACUGGAAUUGUGAUAAAGUGAAAUAAUCUGUCUGUAAACAAUUCUUGGAAAAAUUGCACCAAGUAGAUGUCCUAACCGACUUGCCAAAACUAUAGUUUGUUAACAAGAAAUGUGUGGAGUUUUAAUGACUCCAACCUAAGUGUAUGUAAACUUCCGACUUCAACUGUAGGUGAUAGGGUGCCAUUUAGGACGUAGAUUAACCAACAUGCAAACUAAAGAGGCCCCAACUUUUUAGUAUCAUAGAAAUGAUUAAUUAAAUUCAGUACAUGCACUCUACCUUCUUUAUAGGACUCCUUGAGCUUUCUUGAAAUCCAUUGAAUCGCUUUGGCUGCAAUCUUCGUUCCAAAGUUCCUGUCAAAUGGGGAAGGAGCACCUCCCUUUGGAAAUCAAACAAAUAAUCUGUUUUACAGGUUCAUGUCAUAAUAAACUGUAAGCUAAUAUGUGGAUUACACAGCAACAUGAUCAAUAUACAGUAUGCCGUCAUUUAAUUCACAUCUGAGUGGUAUCAGUUGCAAUCGGGCUCCAGUGAGUGUGAGUGUGUCUGUAACGACACCUGCUGCAUAUGUCCAAGGACGUUCUUCCUGCAGUCAAACACUCCUUUCCCCUCCUCAGAGUACAGCUGGUAGAUGAAAUCUGUGGUGAAGUUCUCAUUGGAGUUCUCAUUCCUGUAACGUCACGCACACAUACAAUGUCAAGGUUCCAUUUGUCCUGCUGAUGCGUUACAGGGUGAUUCUUCCUACUGAGUUCAGUUAUACUGAGAAAUAUUGAGUGGCCUCUAUAGAGCCUCAAUAGACCAUCACAAAGAGUAGAGUAUUUUAACAUUCAAAUGAAGAGUUUUCUUAGACAAUUUGUAUUAAUAGCCUACACAGUGUGGCAUAAAGAUAGUAAGACUAUCAUACAUAGCUGGCUACGUACAUGUAUGGCCUUUAUUGUUAACAUACUGUCCGUCUGUAAAGAGACUAUCAUGUUAGACGUGAGCUCUGCCUUACCUCAGCACCAAGCCCCUCUGGAUGCCCGUCUUCAUCUUCUCUGUCAAGUGCUCGACGUUGGACUGAAGCAGAGAGAAAAGCCUCACAUUAGUGAGUCUGAAGUAUUCCUCCUCUAUCUGUAACCUACAUGAGCUUUCCGAGCUGCAGAAUGAAGCUCAUUCCUCUGCUGUGUCUCAGGGACAGAGUACUGCAGAGUGCUCUGGUGACCAGGAG